UCAGAAACUCUAGCUUUAAGAAAGCACACAGAGGAAGGAGAUCACAGGGAAGGAAAGAAACUGCCAGUGUGGGUCAAAGAAAUAAGCUUCCUGCUUCUCCAGGUACAGACUCUAAGAGGAAGAGGCCUGCACACAAUGCUGAGGACCACCUGGCUAUGCCUUAUCCUUGUAGCCUUUGUCAGCCACCCAGUGUGGCUGCAGAAGCCUCAUAAACGCAAGACACAGCUCAAAGCAGCCGGCUGCUGUGAGGAAAUGAGGGAGCUCAAAGCCCAGGUUGCCAACCUCAGCAGCCUGCUGGGUGAGCUGAGCAGGAAGCAGGAGAGCGACUGGGUCAGCGUGGUCAUGCAGGUGAUGGAGCUGGAGAGCAGCAGCAAGCACAUGGAGUCGCGGCUCAGCACUGCCGAGAGCAAGUACUCUGAGAUGAACAACCAGAUCGACAUCAUGCAGCUACAGGCCGCACAGACCGUCACGCAGACCUCGGCAGAUGCCAUCUAUGACUGUUCUUCCCUGUACCAGAAGAACUACCGAAUCUCUGGAGUGUACAAGCUUCCUCCUGAUGAGUUCCUGGGCAGCCCCGAGCUAGAGGUGUUCUGUGACAUGGAAACUUCAGGAGGAGGCUGGACCAUCAUCCAGAGACGCAAGAGUGGCCUUGUCUCCUUCUACCAAGACUGGAGACAGUAUAAGCAAGGGUUUGGCAGCAUUCGAGGCGACUUCUGGCUGGGGAAUGAACACAUCCACCGGCUCACCAGGCAGCCAACCCGGCUUCGUGUAGAGCUGGAGGACUGGGAGGGCAACGCACGCUACGCAGAGUAUAGCUACUUUGCGCUGGGCAAUGAACUGAACAGCUACCGCCUCUUCCUGGGGAACUACAGUGGCAAUGUGGGGAAAGACGCCCUCCUCUACCAUAACAACACCGUCUUCAGCACCAAGGACAAGGACAAUGACAAUUGCUUGGACAAGUGUGCACAGCUCCGAAAAGGUGGCUACUGGUAUAACUGCUGCACGGACUCCAACCUCAAUGGUGUGUACUACCGCCUGGGGGAGCACCGGAAACACAUGGAUGGCAUCAGCUGGUAUGGCUGGCAUGGAGCCAACUAUUCCCUCAAACGUGUGGAAAUGAAGAUCCGCCCGGAAGCCUUCAAGCCCUAACUAAAGAGAAGACUGCUGCAGAGCUGUGA